UUAUAGGUUUUGUGCUCUUCAUUUUCUCUUUAAUGGAGAAAAAAUAGUUUUUACCUAAUUUUUUCUCCAUUAAGGCGAAAUAUAGCAUAGUUUUACAAAUUGCUUUUAUACUUUGACAGUAAGGUGCGUAACAUCUGAUACAUAAACAGUAACAGCAACAAAAAUCCCAAUUCGUAUUUAGUUCUUACAUUACCUGUUAUUUUUUGUUGUAACCUUUGCGUUGAGUUUUACGAGUUCAAAAAAGCAAUUCAAAGAAUCUGCAACAUUGUACAUUGUGGACGGUGGAACCAAUUUCAAACACGAAAUGCUGCGACAGACUUAUACUUCGUGGAAUGAUUGUUAAAUCAACGCUGCAAAAGGAGAUCAAUAUCAUAACGAAGGCCACCACAGAGGAUCAAAGUACUACAUACAAGGAAGUGUUACGAAGGUUACGAACGAUACCAGCAGGUAGGGGAAUAGUUCCUGCAUGCCAUCGAACAGGCGUGGAAUAACAAAGCAAAAUAUUCAACCCGAAGUAAAUAAUUUCGAUGCUCGGAUUAAACGGAUAUGUUGACUAACUUGCUUACUUGUAGAAGGUCACCCAAUGAAACCAAUGGACAGCAGUAAUGUUUCAAGAAGUGAUAGUAGCUUUAAACACAAGGACGGUAUUUGUUCAAAUCUAUCGCAAUCAAAAUUGGAAGGAACAAUCUUCGUGGAAAACCCACGCAUCCAAUGGUCAGACGUCGUUGGUCUAGAAGAAGCGAAGAAAGCACUCAGAGAAUCUGUUAUUCUACCGAUAAAAAAUCAGAAUUUAUUCGAGGAGAAACGUAUCCCAUCAAAAAACAUUCUAUUGUUUGGGCUUCCAGGAACCGGCAAAUCUUAUUUGGCGAAAGCAGUCGCCACUGAAGCCGAAAAACCCACUUUCUUCUCGGUUCCCAGUUCAAAUCUAGUAUGCGGACACCUCAAACAAUCCGAAGCACUUAUGAAAAAUCUUUUCGAUCUGGCUCGCACCCAUAAAUCAAGCAUAAUUUUUGUAGAUGAUGUAGAUUUGCUGUACUGUUCACAAUUGGCGAAUGAAACUGUAUGUCGUAUCAAAAGCGAAUUCCUGCUUCAGAUGCAGGGUGAUAACGAUGGAAUUUUCGUUCUGGGAGCUACUAACAAGCCGUGGAUUCUAGAACCGGCAAUCAGAAGACAAUUUGAUCUACGCAUAUACAUUCCGCUACCCGAGCAGGACGCACGUUUGGCCAUGUUUAAGCUUCACCUGGGUAAUGCAGAUCACUGCCUCUCGGAGGAGAACAUCCGCACGUUGGCUAAUCAAUCAGAAGGGUAUUCUGGGGCGGAUAUCUUAUGUGUGAUAAGAGACGGACUUAUGCAACCGGUUCGAGAAGUUCAGUCAGCAACCCACUUCAAGAAAAUAAGUGGACCAUCACCGAUCGAUAAAGAAACCAUAUGCAAUGAUUUGUUAGUUCCGUGCAGUUCCGGAGAUCCCGAUGCGAUCGAGAUGACCUGGAUGGAGGUACCGAGCGACAAACUGUCUCCUCUUCCAAUGACAAUGAGUGACAUGCUGAUCUCGCUGGCAAGUACUAACUAUACCAUGAAUAACGCGAACAUGAAAAAGUUGAACACAUUUAUGGAAGACUUCGGCCAGGCAGGGUAGCAUGGUAUAACUAGUAAUUUUAAAUUAACUACUUUUCCAAAUGCAGUGUACAGAUAGGUCGAUAGCUUUUACAAGUUUUUUGUGUAAAUCA